CCUUUGGCAUUUUUACCAAAUUAGACAAAUUAACACCAUUCUUUAUGCAUAUACAUACAUGAACUGACCCUGCAACAUAUGUAUAAUAAUAUAUGAAAGCUCACUUAAUAAGUGAGUAAAUACUUAAUUACAUAACUCAACAUCUCAUCUUUUUCUCACACAAAGACUUCACAGACAAAACAGACUAAUCGUAGCCCACUAAUACAAAUAAAUAACGAAAGAAUUUAACACGCUGUAUAUAUCGUAUGUAUAUAAGCAUGCACCACUGUUUGAAUAAUUGCACACACUGCAUACGAAUGUAAAUAUGUAUCUGAAUCAAACAAUGCAAUCAGGGUAGAGAUCACAUGCACAAAAGUUUUCUUAAAUUCAUUCAUUCGCCACUUGCUAAUUGACGAUCUUGAGUGCAUAGCACGUUAAGCUACACGUUUUGCUAUGAAUGCUUCACUGCUUUCAUAACAGCGUUAUAUGUGCAUAUGCAUGUAGCAGAUCUCUGAAAAUUGUGUGUAACGUAUGUAACAUAACUGGUUUUUGUUUUUCAAAAAGCAAGUUACUAUCGAGUUGUUCCUUCCUUCCUUGUGAAUUUUUCUUACCGUCAUCUCUUUGAUUUUGCAUUACAGACACUUAUUCUACGUAUGAAAAUGGUGUAAAGAUCUGCACCAAAAAAAAGAAUUGCAGUGGAUGCAAAAGAUUAGUUGGUUGUGUGGCAUCUCUUUCGCGUCGGUGGUUGCACUCUUUACUCAACUUUCCACAAUUAAGGUGCCACAACCCCACAUAUCAUGGGUUGUAACAGCAUAGCUUUCUUAUUUAUAUUCUUUUGAAUGUGUAUAAAUUAAAAUUUUGAAUAUUUCCUGAAAAGGGUAAAAAAAAGUUUAAUCGUAAAAUAAUUGUGAAAAAGUGCGAGUGUUUCAAAAUGCCGUCAUAUCUUUCCAUCUUUCUCUACAUCUUGGAAUAUUUGUACGAGAGAUUUUUACGUCUUUUAACCGGGGAUUUAAUAAUUGAUGAGGAAACGGACCCUUCCACCGUGGUGGGAAAAGUGGCUUUAGUCACGGGAGCGAAUUCUGGUCUAGGAAAGGAAGUCGCCAUCGCCCUGGCAGCUCGAGGCUACAAGGUUAUCUUGGCCUGUAGAAAUCUUACCCUGGGGAAGAGCGUUGUCCAAGAGAUUCAGCAGAGGACAAGAGCCUUAUCAAGCAACUUGAUCCUGAAAGAACUCGACCUUGCCAAUCUAUCUUCCGUACGAACUUUUGCCUCCCAAGUGUCCACACAAUACCCGAAGCUGACCCUUCUCGUCAACAAUGCUGGCGUCUAUUUCGACUCUGACGAGCGACAAGUGACCAAGGAUGGGUUCGAGGUGCACAUGGGGGUCAACCACUUGGGUCACUUCCUCCUCACCAAUCUCCUCCUGGACAACCUCAAGGCCGCCGCACCCUCUCGCAUCGUCACAGUCACCUCGACCAACCAACUCAUCGCGGACUUGCAACUGGACGACCUCAUGUUGGAACGAGUGGAAAACUUUGGUUUUCAAAACACGAUUCCCUACAACAAUUCCAAAUUGGCUAAUUCCCUCUUCACAAAGGAGUUGGGGAAGAGGUUGGUGGGUUCGGGAGUGACGACGUACUCCGUCUGUCCUGGCCUCGUCGCGACCGACGUGUUUAGAAAUUUUACACCGUUCCGAAAAUUUUAUACCAACCUCAACAUUUUGUUGGUGGGGUUGACGGCGAAGCAGGGAGCUGAGACCAUCCUUUACUGUGCUCUGGACAAAAACUUGUCCAAAGAGACAGGACAAAUCUACCGAUUUGGGAAACAUUUCAAAUCUGCCAUGAAAAAGAUGGACGGACAAGUGGGGAAAAGUCUGUGGGACAUUAGUCUACAACUUGUUGGGCUUAAUAAAAAGUAAAUGUCGAGUAAUAAAUGACAAAAGGGAGGAGGCGUGAUGAAAGUUGUUGCCCCGUGCGUGCCAACCCAAUACGGACAUUUCUGCUUAUUAAAAAGUAUAUAAUACUCAAAUAGCUAUGAAUUUAUUAUUUUUAUGUAAUAAAAAUUUUAGAGACCAA